AUGGUUUUGAGUGUUGCUGAGAGAAGUCAACAAAACAGAAGUGUAUAUAAUAAGCUGCACAACACAGAUGACUGGAGUAUGGACACAAAUGACUGGAGUAUGGACACAGAUGACUGGAGUAUGGACACAAAUGACUGGAGUAUGGACACAGAUGACUGGAGUAUGGACACAGAUGACUGGAGUAUGGACACAGAGGACUGGAGUAUGGACACAGAGGACUGGAGUAUGGACACAAAUGACUGGAGUAUGGACACAGAGGACUGGAGUAUGGACACAAGGACUGGAGUAUGGACACAGAUGACUGGAGUAUGGACACAAAUGACUGGAGUAUGGACACAGAGGACUGGAGUAUGGACACAAAUGACUGGAGUAUGGACACAAAGAACUGGAGUAUGGACACAAAGGACUGGAGUAUGGACACAGAGGACUGGAGUAUGGACACAGAUGACUGGAGUAUGGACACAAAUGACUGGACACAAAGUGACUGGAGUAUGGACACACAAUGACUGGACUGGAGUAUGGAGUACAACAAAUGACUGGAGUAUGGACACAAAGGACUGGAGUAUGGACACAGAUGACUGGUAG